AUGAAGCUGGGACUCACCUUGGUGUUGCUCUCUCUGCUGGCAGGCCACUGUGGAGCCAACACCCGCGCCGUGGGAGCCCGGGAAUGCCAGCUCCACUCUCAGCCUUGGCAGGCGGGCCUUUUCUACUUCACCCGGCAGCUCUGCGGAGCCACACUCAUCAGUGACCGAUGGCUGCUCACAGCUGCCCACUGCCGCAAGCCGUACCUGUGGGUCCGCCUUGGGGAACAUCACCUGUGGCAGUGGGAGGGCUCUGAGAAGCUGCUUCUGGCUAGAGACUUCUUCCCCCAUCCUGGGUUCAAUUCGGAUCUCUCUGCCAACGACCACAAUGAUGACAUCAUGCUGAUCCGGCUACCCAGGAAGGUCCAGAUGAGUACAGCUGUGCAGCCCCUCCGCCUCAGCCAGAGCCUGCCAACCGUGGGCUCCCAGUGCCUUAUCUCCGGCUGGGGCAGCGUGUCCAGCUCCAAAUUACAGUACCCAAUGACACUGCAGUGCGCCAACAUCAGCAUCCUGGACAACAAGCUCUGUCACUGGGCGUACCCAGGCCACAUCUCUGAGAAGAUGCUGUGUGCUGGCCUAUGGGAGGGCGGCCGAGGCUCCUGCCAGGGUGACUCUGGGGGACCCUUGGUGUGCAACGGAACCCUGGCAGGUAUAGUGUCUGGGGGAUCUGAGCCGUGUUCCAGACCCCAGAGACCUGCUGUCUACACCAGUGUAUUCCACUACCGAGACUGGAUUCAAAAAACCAUAGAAGAAAACUGAGUCCAUGCUAAGGACAGACUGGAGAGGAAGAUGGAUAAAGGACGGGAAGAUAUUGUAGGACUCUACAGCUCCAGCUUCUCUGCCCUAGACCUCCAACCUUCAUGUCACACACAGCCCAUGACCAUGAAACUCUGCCCCCUCAGGCUCUGCCCCUCUGACGCCACUCUAGGCUCCGCCCCAAGACUCCACCCCCUUAGGUCAUCUGCCCUCUCGGGUUCUGCUCCCAGGCAAAGCAAUUAUAAGACCACGCCCCUUCAGAACCCAACAGAGACACGCCUCCUUUGUUCUUGACCCAGACUACAUGACUUUAAUCACCACUCUCUGGAGUAGCUCAACCCUCAAGAUCACCUCCAAGAAAUAUCUUUUACUAAAUAGUUGAAUCCCCCCAAAUUUUACCGUGUCGGGUUUCUUCUCUGGACUCCACCCCGCGUGGCCUCACCUCCGCUGCUGUCAGGCCUGCGUUAACU